AUGUCCGAUCCGCUCCGUGUGACGGUGGAGUGUUGGGAGAACCAGCGGUACCACCCAUUGAGGGGAUGGGGGUUUCAUCGCUUGCCGAUGGAUCGCAGCACAUGGUCGAACAAGAAGGGCGACGCUGUAAUUUGCCGUGACAGUUUCCUCACCCCGGUUGGGUGGGUCUGGUCGUCUGACUGGGAAGUGGCGCCGAACGGGAAUGAAAGUGAUGGCUGGUUUUAUGCUGCUGAUUUUAGCAUCCCGACGCGCUUCUGCUCCGCCAUACCGAAUGCAAUGAGUUAUGUACGGCGACGGCGUUGGGUCCGCACGCGGAUGCAAGUUGCGGCGGACACCGGCGUUGAUUCUGUGCUGCUUGAUGCGUUGAGCCUCUCUUCUAGCUUUCAGGCCGAUCCACGCCUCGUUUGGCUUAACACUUCCUUCUACGGCUUUGUUGGUGCCUCUGUGAAGGAGCAGCGGGAGAAUCAACGUCUCCAGCAUCUUAGUUGUUAUCAUUUACAUCGACUUCUUGACAUUUCUUGUUCCGAAACGAGCGUGGACAAUAAUGAUGACGAUGAUGAUUUGUGCGGAGAAGAGAAAAAUGGACGCGGUUCCCCCUCUCCCUGUCGACAUCGCUCUGUGACAACAGAGGUGUUGCGUUGUGUAUAUCGGUACGGCUUGCCGCAGUGUCUUCGCUCUGCGUUAUGGCUUGAAUGGUCAGGUGGUUCAACUCUUCUUCGAGAAUCGCCGCGCAUGUAUGAUGAGUUACUUGAGCGUUCUGACCGUGUGCAUGGACAACCUCUGCAGGAUAUUUUACAGGACGUUGUGCGAACAGCACCACGACAUCCAUUUUUUGCUAAAAAAGGAGGUGGUGCAGAGGACCUUCGCAAUGUGCUGCUUGCGUUAGAGCUAGCCUGUGUUUUACCAUCAUAUCAUCAGGCGUUUAGUUACAUUGUGGCAACUGUUCUGUUGAACCUCCCCGCUCGAGAGGCUUUUUGGGUUGUGACGGCGCUUUUUAGCGGGUUUUUGCCCUCCGGCUACCAUGAACACUACACCUUGCAGUAUGACCUGCAGGUGUACAAUGAGAUUGUUGCACAUAAAUUCCCAGACGUGCAUGUGCAUUUUGCGUCAAAGAGUAUUGAUGUCUCUGUGUUUGCAAGCGGAUGGCUACAAGGUUUGUUCUGUGCCCACUUCCCGUUCUGCACGGCUGCCCGUGUUCUGGAUGUUCUGCUUGCCGAGGGCGAUAGCAGCACGCUGGUGCGGUUUCUUGUUGCAUUUACGGGAAAAUUUCGGUCUGAGAUUUUGACGAUGGACAGCAGUGGAUCGCUGGGCUACUUUGCGAAUGAGUGGGCACGAAAUUGUUUUAACAUUGAAGACGUUGUGCGCGCGAUGGAAAAGGACGGCCUGAGGUCGGUUGUUCUAUCACGGAGGGAGGAACUAACGGGUGCCACUGUUGCCUCGUGA